AAUAUGUCAAGUGACCUUGCGAGUUUGUAAACAAUACGUACGAAAUUAUUAAUAAAAUCAUACUAAUUCUCUCAUUGAAAGAUUUGGUGAUUUAUUUUUCAAAAAGGAAUAGUGAAAUCAUUGAUUCAAAAUGAAUAUUGAUUUUGAGACGAUGGCUGUGCUAGAAGAGGAAUCCCAAAAUGAAUCGCUGGGCGGUGCGUACGUGUCGACGGGCGCGUCCGGCGCUGACGGGGGCGAGAGGCGAGAGGGGGGCAAACGUGGCCAACGCAGCCGUCAGUCGGCGCGCGAGUGUCGUGCGCGCAAGAAGCUCCGCUACCAGUAUCUGGAGGAGCUGGUCGCCGACCGCGAGAGAUCUGUGCUGGCGUUGAGGAAGGAGUUGGAUAAGUUUUACAAAUGGAAUUUAGAGUUGGAUCAGGGGCGCAUGCCUGAAGGCAUAGAAGCAGUGCUUCAAGAGAUUGGUGUUUUGAAGCAAGAAGAAACAAAACCUUAUUUAAUGGCUUGAUUUUUUUGUUUUUAAAAAUUUUUUGGUUUUUUUUUUCCUUGUAUAAAAAGUUUGUUUUUUUUUUUCCAAAUACACGUUAUUACCUAUUUCUGAGUAUAAGCCUUUAAUUUAUAUAUUUGUUUGUGUUAAACUAAUCAUAAGAAAUUUUUCGUGAUGAGCUUCAUUUUGCUUGAAUUCAUAUUCAUGUCUUAAUAAAUAUUUUCAUAAUAGGAAUGUAUAAAAGUUUGUUGUAUUACAUUUAUAUUUGAAGUGUUAUAUUUAUUCAGUUGUAUUGUUAUUAGAAAGAAUUUUUGAUCUAAUCAUAAGGUUUAAGCAUUGUACAUAUAAUGAAAAUGGCGACACUAACAUGGUAAUAAAUUUAAUUAUAUUAAGAGUAUAAGAGUUGGACUCGAUAUUUUAAUAAAAGUUGUUUAAUAACAUUGUAAUAUUUUUUAAUUUUUAAGUAAAGGUUUUGUAUAAUAAAAAAAGUAGAAUUAGGAUAUAUACGUCAUUUCAAAUGACAUAAUUACUCGUCAAGUAAGUGAUACAAACGUAGUUUUUUUAAAACAGACGGUUGUAUGAGAGAUUUGGCCGACUUGCAUAUUAGCUUUGAAAACUCGCUUAUGUAGUGUAUAGUGAGUUAUUUUGUCUUGUUUUUCUUGGUUUUAUAGUUUUUUUAACUAACUCAAACAAAUUGUUUUGUAAAAUGUUGCGAAUUAUUUUUGUUUUAACGCUUUGUGCACAGCAAUAUGUAGUUUAAGUAUAACAUAUAAAAAUUCAUCGUAAGUUACGUUAUUCUUUUACGCAAUUUUCUUUUAUUUAAUAAAUGAAGUAGUUAAGAUAACAUUUUGAUUUCACUGAUAUUUUAGUGUAGGUAACACUGAUUUUAAAGAUGUAUUUCGUAAAAAAGAAAAAAAAAUCUAUAUUUCAGUACCAUCCUAGUCUAUGAAAUAAUAGUAGCUCGAUAAUGGUAACACUCCUUUACCUAUUCAUUACUUUUAAUAACCAAAAUUUGAAUUUUUUAUCUUGUUUUUUUUUGCGAUUAUUACCAUAUGAAGUUUUCGAAUAAAACCUUUGAGUAAUUCUACCAGCCUCUACGCGCAAAUAAAUUAACCCAAAGUUACUAUUCUCUCAUACAAUUUUAUUGCGUUUUAAUAUGUUAUUGUAUCAUAAAAAUCUAAAAAAGAAAAAAAAUAUUCCAGAUCAAUGUUAUUCGUCAUAUAAAUAUAAGAUUGACGUUAGUUCAUAGAGGUAUUGAAAAGUUAGUUAGGAAAUAUGCUAUUUUAUUCCUUGUUUACAUAUUCACCAAACCCUUUAACUAAUAAAUGAGUUAAAACUCUGUUGAAUGUUCGAAUUUAUUUUUUAUUAUAUUUUAAUCUACAAAAGUGGAUAAUCCAUUUCUGUUUUAUUUAUAUUUUGUUUUUGGGAUUGGGUUAUAUUUUGUUCCUGCAGGAUCGAAAGUUUUAAACAUUUUUGUGACAGUUGUAUAGCUGAUAGAUGUUAAGUUUUUAUAAUAUAAUGGCAAAAGCUUCAUUUAAACCUCCAAUAAAAAAAAAUAUGUAUUUUAUAAACACUUUUUUCGAAAUUAGGACCCAGGGAUUUAUGUAAAUAUUGAACUAACUUCUAUUGUAUAACAUUUUAAUAUACUUUGUUGUAAUAUAAGAUAAAAAUAUGUGGAAUAGAAUUUUUUUUUUAUAAUUACGUUAAAGUAACUAUAUUUAGUUGAAGUUUAUUUUUAUUAUAUUUCGUACUUCCUGCGUUCAAUUAUUAGUUUUUAGAUUGAUUUUUAACAAAAAUGGGUGUAAAUAAAAUAGAACUGUUGCGUUUGUGUCGUAACGUGUUGCAAAGAAACAAAUUAGUUUAGUACAUUGUUACUAAAAUAGUUUAACAAAAUACGCCUAUUAAGUAGUCUCAAAAAGCGAAAUGAAUAUAAUGCCAUCUCAUAUUAUACAAAACAAAAGAAAGAGACAAGCAAUACGUGUUAUAUCUAUGAAAUCUGAAUAACUUUGUCAUUCACAUGAAGUAUUCGAUUUAUCGUAUGAGAAAUAUAUAAUUUCUUUGCAUACCUGUUUUAUUUGCACCCAUAAAUUAUUUUAUGUGGUCAAUAGUCUUUAGUGUAAUUUGGUUAUUCAACAGUUUUGUCGGCAAUCCGCCUUGACGGUCUAGAUAUUAUGUAGAUACGUUAUUUUUGUGUGGUUUAUUUGUAUAUUAUGUAGAUUUAAGGUUAUAUCUGUAAAUAUGUAGAUAUUUUAAGUCGACAGCAGUUAAAGAUGAAUUAAACGUGGUUGAAUUGAAUGCGGAUACACAAUUUUCUAAUUAAAAAUUACUUCGAUAUACGGUGUGUGUACUUUGCGAAAUGGAAUUUACAGUUUUACAACGCUGAUUACGUAAAAAGUACAUUAUCCACAAAACGACGUACAUAAAUUGUUUUUUUUUUUUCUUUAACUUUUAGUUUACAACCCUAGCUUCGCGCAGACGGCAUGUACCGUUUCGCUAAUGCGCGUAUUGUGUCCUUGAAUACAAUAUUAAGUAAUAAUCUUAAAGAAGCGCGCGCGCGGAUGGCAAUGGCCGACGUAUUGUCAGCUAGAGGUGUACAUGUAGUUAUCAGAAUUUAUUGCAUAGGAAAAAUUCAGAAAAGAAAUGUCACGUAUAUUUUAAGUAUUUUUUACGUAAUCUUGAAAUGAAAAACUACACCAUCUUUCGAUCUCAGCUAUAUGUAUAACAUUGUAUAUUGUAUUUUCUUAUCUACCCGGUGUAAAUGUUUUCACGCGAUAUUAAAAAGGAAAUAAGUCUGUCUAAAAUAACUGUAUUAUGUAAUCUUCUAAUGGAGUAUCUAGUGGAACAAUAAUUGUCUAUAACAUGUUAGGAUAUUAUUAUUUUCCAAUAUUCCUCUGAACAACUGUCUAAUGACUUAAAAUAAAUGAGAAAAUCUCGGAAGUUUAAACGUCUCUAAAUAUUUAUUUCGAACUUUCAUAUUCCAUGAGACGCUAUGAAAUCGUUAAAAACAAGACUCUUCAUACUUUUUUUUAAUUCUCUUCAUAUUUUAUUGUAGUUACCAUUUUUGUUCGUUUUCAGUUUGACAGAAUAAUCAAAAUAUUAAUUCGAAAUCUGAUUUUAAGAGAAUUUAUUUAAAACUAUGCUAUUUUAUUAUAAUCUGUAUAUUG